CAUACAUGUUAAUUCCUCACAAUUCAACCUAUCAACCACAUUUUCAUCUCAAAUGGCAGCCGCAUACUGCAGGCGGGCUCUGCUAAUCGCCCCCCGCUUGCAUGGCGCCAGCCGGGUCGGAUCCCGAUUCGCAUCCCGGACCUUCUCCGACGUCGUCAAGCCCCGCCCCUUGUGCGACCUCGUUCGACCCGACUGCAAACGCCUCAUCCUCGUCGACACUUUGGCUCUCGUGAGGAAAUUCGAGGCGAAGGGGAUGCCAACGAAGCAGGCGGAGGCGAUCACGGAGGCGCUCAAGGACGUUCAAAACGACAGCUACGACAAUGUGGCUCACAACUUCGCCUCCAAAGUGGACAUGGAGAAAAAUGUGAUGACGAUCGAAUCCAACUCCUCCAAAUUCGAAAGCGAAGUUAAAAGUACUGUGAUUCACCAUGUCUCUUUGCUGCAACAAGAGAAUGAGAAAAUGAAGUCCGACAUCGAUAAACUCCGCAGUGAGAUAAGGUAUGAAAUAGACAAAGUCACAGCAGGGUUGCGGUUGGAUCUUAAUCUCGAAAAAGGGCGAAUCCGGGAUGAGCUCAACCAUCACCAUCAAGACACAAUUAACCUCAACAGCAAGAUUGAUCGAGAAAUUCAUGUGCUGAGGGCAAAUAUAGAAUCAUUGAAAUACGAGUUGAUCAAAUAUUGUGUUGGGACAUUUGCCUCCAUUGCUGCUGUUGGUCUCGCUUUGCUUCGUUUUGUUUACUGAUUUCUUCAUUCUACUAGUUUAAUUAGAGCUUUGUUCUUUUUUUUUCACAUAAUAAAAUGAUUUAGUUAGUUAGUUAGUAUGUACACUGGUUUUUGUGUUUGUAUCUUGUACACUAGUGAUAGGAAUUAGGUUAAUGACUUUGACAAAGUGUAUUUUACUGACCUAAUCUUCCAUUUUCAUAGUAGUACUA